GCUAACGCAUCCAGCUCAAUCUGGGCAGAAAUAUUACUUAAACGUAUAAACAUUUUAUAUAUCCCAAAAAUAAGAAGUAGAAGCUAAAAAAAAAAAAAACAAACACUUUGUCUUAUAACCAUGGCGACUAAAAGAACAAGGUUCGAUAAAAUGAACCUGGGAAUGCCCGUUCACUCGGACCCCUAUGAAUUGGAAAAUGAAUCGACCACGUCGUUGGAAAGAGAAACCAGCGAGAAGGUCAUGUCUCACAAGGAUCUGGUGGAAAAACUGCAUAAGGAGGCAAAGCUCACGACGCCGGACUUCUUCGCAUAUGAUCCAUCCUGCAGCUCGGACGACUCUGAAGGUUUCGAAUUCCUGGAGACUAUCAAAGAGAGAGCCAGACGCAUAUCCUUUGUACGACGCCGAAAGCUGCACUACACUGAGUUCUCAACGGUCGAGUUGGCCAGGCGUCUGAUCCGCGAGGAGUUCACAGAGUCCUCGGAGAGUCUACUAAGCGUGGAUGAUGAACAUAUCUCCGAGAUCGGCGAAGAGGAGUGUCCUCCGUGUGACUCGGACACCGACGACUUACUUCCGUAUUUCCAAUACGAUCGGCCUACAGACCAAUCGAUGAUUUCCGACGAUAGUCUGCCAAAGGAGGAUCCCGAGCCCGGAUUCCAUCCCGCCCAUCAUUGCUUUAAUAAGCUAAUGAGCCAGACUCCUGAUCCGCCGAUAGUGUACGUUUCCGCGGAACCAGAACCGCAACCGGAACCGCCAAUGGAACAGCGACAGGAACCAGAACCAGAACCGGAAACAGUACCACCACCACCGGCUCCGGAAGUCAUUGAAAAAACAUCUGCAGAAGAAGAAAAACACACUCGGGUCCUUGACCAUGGUGAAAAUAUUGACCUAAAGAAUUUGAACGCCAUUCAGAAAAACAUAAGUUCGAAUGUAAAAAAACAUUCUGGUCAAAAAACGCGUAAUUUAUAAGCUAAAAUUUAUUGAUACAACAGGAUAUGGGAUCCCGUUUCGAUAGAUUUCUAUUUGACUGCAAACACCAACCUCCUUGUGCAUUCGAUUAGUGUUGCCUAAAUUAAGAAAAUUUCUUCAUAUGUUUCGUCGGCUCGAAAUCAAAAUACAAUCCGUGUAGCCGAAA